AUGAAGUUAUGGGACUUGAGGAGUGAAAACUGUCAAACUCUUGAGACACCGUCUCCUGUAACUAGUGUUGAAAAUCUGUCUGAGUGGUGUAUGAAGAGCUACAACAUGCAUUGCAAUGUUGAAUCAGCUUCAUUGGAUCCAAAGGGGUGCAACAAAGGUUACCAUGGUCCUGUCCACUGUUUGCAGUUCUCACCGGGACAGGAAUCCUAUGCUUCAGGAUAA